AUGUUAAUACAGACACAGUUCAUGGAAGAUCUCAGAUAUGAGAUUAGGAAGUUUUUCAGGCGUCCUUCAACUCCAAAAGUUGCAAUCCAGAAAUCUAAGUCCACAGUUUCAUUAGAACGUCAAGUAUCAGAUGAUGAAGAAACUUCAACAUAUGUUCCAACAUAUAAAUCAAAUUCUUUCGCACCAUCUACAUUUACAAAAGUUUUACGCUCACCAAGGACAAAUAAUCAAAAACCAAGUCAUUAUAUUCCACCUUCAUUCAUGACAGAACCAUCUUUUGUUAAAAAUCAAAGGCUUGCGUUUUCACAAUCAAAAUCAGAACAAAAAUCUACGAAAUAUGCUCCUGCAGCUGAAGUAAAUACAGCAGCAAAUCAAUACUGGAGCAAAAUAUCGCCUGCUUCCAAGCUCCGUUUAAUUGAAGAAGCCACAAUUCCAACAGUUUUACAUGCUACAGUCAAAGAGACAGAAAAAUCAUCUGGUACUGCGGGCACAUCAGAUAGUGGUAGUUCUGCGGCUGCUGCACCUGCAAAACCAGGAGGUUUGUCUCUUGGAGGCGGAAAGAUGAAUUUCUCACUUCCAUCAAAGCCAAAGAACGAUGACAGCAGCUCCACAGGAAAUACCCUUGGUGGUGGGCUCGGUGCAAUGCCAAAGAUUCAAUUAAAAUUAGGCAAGAAAUAA